AUAUUUUAGUGGUUUCCUUGCAGUAUAGGCCUUAGUAUUAUGAGUGGUUUGACUCGGGGUGACUUCGUGUUUCUUCUUGAAACUAACGAGUUAUUUUAACGGAUUUUUUUUCCUUGGACGAUAGGUUCAUCAGAUAUUUCAGGUUCGAAAUGGCGGAAAGUUCAGACACAACUGAGAAAUGGCGCUACGUGGUUGCUUUAGGAAAGUUUGUUGUUCAUAUGAUCUACUCCGGUAUGACGAAAGCUAUUUCUGUCCUCGUUCCCGCCAUGGUCUUCCAGUUUCAGAUGGAUUACACAUUGGUUGGAUUUCUUGUUCCAAUGCAGCUUGGGGUCGUUUAUAUUGCCUGUCCUCUGAGUAAUUACUUGGCGACAAAGUUUGGCCAUCGUUGUCUGUCAUCAAUCGGCGGGUUCUUGUCAGGAGUAUCUAUGAUGGGGGCCUUCUUCAGUCAGUCAGCACUCUCUCUGGGAUGCUCAUUCUUCUUUACAGGGUUAUUCUCAUCGCCGUUAUACCAGAGUUCAACAGUUAUUUUGCGUGAACACUUUGGGGAAAAGUAUGGCAUGGCCAUAACCUUCACACAAAUGGGAGGACAGAUUGGAGGUAUCAUUUUCCCUUAUACAGCUGUUCUGUGUCUGGAAGCAUACGGUAUGAGGGGAGCUCUGCUCUGUUUAAGUGGUAUCUUCUUCUACCAAACAGCGAUUGGCGCCACUUUUAGAUCCCCUCGGUCAACUGCAGUCAAAAAGAAGAAACGACAUAACCCCGGAGAGGAUGAUAUCGAGGGAUCGACUCUAUUGCAAGGUCAAGAAGACGAGACCUAUCAUCAAAAGAACAAACUUCGAACUGACGUUGAAAGUCUCAAUACUGACGAGGGGACCAGCGAUGAAAGUAGGAUUCGAAAAGACGCUGAAUCUCAAAAAUCCAAUCCGAUAGGAAACUUGAUUGCAGAAGUGCUAACGUCAAUUUUCCCUUUGGGUCUAUUCAGAAAGGAACUUGUCUUCACCUUUAUCUUUAUCCCUUGUCAAAUAAUUCUUGAAGGAUGUUUCGCCAUUUGGAUAACUUUCUCUGCAUCGUAUGGAAUGUCAGUCGGACUCCAUGAGAAUGAAGCAGUGUAUCUCCCCAUGAUUGGUUCUUUGGGUGGUAUCAUCAGUCGGCUGGUACUCUUAAGAAUCCUGUACAAACAUCCUCACCUAGCACCUCACGCUUUCUCAGUCAACACAGUAGUAUCAUCUAUGGCAUUGAUGGCACAUCCUAUUAGCUCAUCGCUGGUUCACUUUCUAAUCUGUUCAUUUUUCGUAGGAUUCGGCAUUUAUGGUUCAACUUCUUCCCUCGACGCAUAUUUAGCUAUUAAAGUAAAGAAGGAAAACUUUUCUCUUGCCAUGGCGACUACUUUCAUGACGAGUGGAGUAAUACUUCUUAUAUCUGCAACUCUUGCAGGUAACGUUUUUGAGCGCAUCAGGUCUUUCAAAACCAUCUUCAUAGCGGCCGGGGUUGUUCUCUUGAUAAAUUUUGGAGUGUUUUCUGUUUUCCUCUUCGUUGAUACUUUCUUGAAACGACGCUCCUCCACAGAGAACAAAUAAUAAACGUCAUGGAAGUUAGAAUGGCUUUAAUAAGGAUGGAGAUGAUGGUUGCCCGAUCAGACCAGGCUCGGUUUAUCCACUGCUGCAUGUACAUUAGCCAUAGCCAUCAUCUGUUCAUAAACUUUUAGAAAACAGGGAAAAUUUUUUCGUCAUGGAUCGAAUCCUAGAAUUUGCACGGACUUUAAGGAUUACACCAAAGAUGUGUAAAUGUUCAAUUUCAAUUCAAUUCAAUUUAUUUUUCUCAGUAUAAAAAGAACAAUAUAAAUAGUACAAACAUGAAAUAAAUCGAACAGAGAUAUAAAUGAAGUAUUAUACUGAAAGGGUAGCAGCCAAAAAGAAAUUAACCUUAUGUACGGCUGGCCCAAAUAAAAUAACAUAGUAUUUAAUAAAAAAAUUAAGCAGAAAAGGGGAGAAUAUCCCAACUCACCCAUACAAGCAAACAAUCAAAAUAAUAAUUAAGUAAAAAAUGAAUAAGUAUAUACAGUGAUGACUUGGUAUUUAUAAUUCCUCCCGAAAACGUAAAGAGAGCAAAUAUCCCUAAUUUCCUUUGAUAAAUACAUAGUAUUCCAAAUUAAUGGUCCCCUAUAAAAAAUGAAUUUUGAAAUAAUUUGGUCCUUACUUUAAUUAUAUGAAAAUCAUUAUUGUCUCUAGUUAUAUAAUUAUGUAGAAUACGAUUUAAAACCAAAUAAUCAAACAUUGAUUCGGGUAAAAGAUAUUUUAUUUAUUUAUUUAUUUAUUACGUCUUAUUUUACCAGGGUGACUCUGUCAGUGGUUCAAACACUGUUAUACUUAGAGGCCCUGUAUGUAUUCAUAACAGUUAUACAAAACAUUGCGGUUUCAUAAUCACAAAAGCCAUAAAACUUUACAUCCUCUGAGACCUAAAAAUUGGUUCUGCAUGAGCAUAAAAAGAUGAAUGGGUUAAUAAUUUUUAAUGCACGUUUUUGAAGUUUAAAAAAUAUAUCCAGAUGUGAAGCACUGCCCCAGGCAAGAAUACCAUAACUUAAAAAAAGGUGCAAUAAGUGCGUAAUACAUAAUUUCGUAAAGCAGUAAUUGGAAAAUUGCGUAAUCUGUACAAAAUGCCUAUGAUUUUGGAAGUUCUUUUACAAAUUAAAUCAUUAUGACGAGUCCAUAGCAAUUUACUAUCUAUUAUGAUACCAAGAAAUUUGACAUGCGAUGCCUUUGCUACACUAAAAUUUGCUAAUUUAACCUGCAGAUUGUCAAUGCAUAUUCUUCAGUAAAAACCAUAUACUGUGUUUUAGAAAUAUUUACUGAUAUUUUAUUAAUGGUCAACCAUGAAGUCAUCAUUUUUAAUUAAUAAUAAUAAUAAAUUGGUACUUAUAUAGCGCAUAAUCAAUUGAAAUUGCUCUAUGUCCCUUGUACAAAUUGAAUUGAAUUUGUACAAUUCACUAUUGAAUUGCACUUGCAGAAUAUCAAUAUUUUCAUGUGGCAUAAAAAUAUAUGCAUCAUCUGCAAAUGAUAUAAAUCUCAAUUUCGAAGAAACAUUGCACAGAUCAUUUAUAUACAAAGUAAAUAAAAGGGGCCCCGAUGAUAAAACCUUGGAGUAUUCCAUAUCUUAAGUCACUAUGGAGGAGUGUAUAUCACGUGUGCAUGGUUACUUAAAUUAAAUAAAAUAGUGAAAUCAUUCGUUGUUGAAUGAACAUGUUAAUACAAUCAUUGAUUCAUAAUAGUUUGACAAUGUUUUUUAAACAGUAAAUUUAAUUUUAUAUUAUUUGCAUCGGCUUAUCUAUGAAAGUCCUCACAAAAUUCACUAUAUUUACAAAACUUAUUGGUAAAUUUAUUGUACAAAUUUGUGAUAUAUUUCGUGAGCAAGUUUAUGUCACUAUCCUUUGCAUUAACAAUAGUAAAGUGGUACAAAAUUUACUAACCGAUUCUAAGGAUGCUUAAAAAGAUUGAAAUUUACAGGUAACCAGUAGGCCUACUGUUGCUUAUAAGGGGGCCAUGCUACUAAUAGUUUGAUUUAUGAAGACCUUAAAAUGAUUAUGAUUGUGUAUAAUUACUACUUACUAAUUAAAUGUAUCAUGUUAGAUCUAGUGAAUUUAUAUAUUCAAAUUACAUAAAUCAUAAUGUUGAUUUAAACGAAACUUGUUAACCAAUAUUUUGACUUUGAUUUUACUUCGGUUAAACAUGGUGAUUUUCUUUUGCUCUAAAAUCAUGGCAACACAAAAUAAUACUGGACAUCCUGCCUGAGUUUCAAGUGACAUGACCAAGGUCAAGGGUCAUUUAGGGUCAAUGAACUUUGGCCAAGUUGGGGUAUUUGUUGAAUUACCAUCAUAACUUUGAAAGUUUAUGGAUCUGAUUCAUAAAACCUGAACAUUAGAGUAAGCAAGUAUUACUGAACAACCUGUGCGAGUGUCAGGUCACAUGACCAAGGUCAAAGGUCAUUGAACUUUGGUCAUUUUGGGGUAUUUGUGAUAUUACCAUCAUAACUCUUAAAUUGUAUUGGUCUAGUUCAUAAAACCUACACAUAAGAGUAAUCAAGUAUCACUGUAAAUCAUGUGCGAGUUUCAGGUCACAUGACCAAGGUAAAAGGUCAUUAAAAUUAAUGAAGUUUGGCCAUGUUGGAGGUAAUUAUUAAAUUGCUGUCAUUACUUUC